AUGAUGAUUCUGUUGGAAACUGACCUGUUUCUGACGGAGGAACGGGAAGAGAUCGUAAAGUUCCUUUGCGGCAAGCGCGUAGAGGGCGCAGGCGCGGGAGCAGACGAGGACGUGGGCGAAGUCCGCGGCAGACGAUUGCCUGCCACACUCGCCACCAGCGCCACCACCAACCACCACCUGUACAUCACGGAACCGGACACGAACGCGACACGACCGACUGUCACGCUAGCGAGUUGCCGACUAUUCAGAGAUGCAGUACACUCGAUCCCGACUACCUUCACUUUUGUUCUGAGCUCUGCGACGUCGACGCCCCACUAUGAAGCUACGAUGAAAGCGAAGGCUUUCACUGCUAUACUGCCACUAGCU